AUGUGGCUGCUGAGUGCUUUCAUCCUGGCAGCUGUUUUUUCUUGCAGUUCUGCACAAGUCUUGCAGCAAACCCCCAUAUCCAUCACCAAGCCAGAAAGCAAAACGGUGCUAAUCAACUGUCACGUCUCCGAUACUGAUUUUGAUAAUGUUUUCAUUCACUGGUACCAACAGAGGCCCAGUGCAGCUCCCAAGCGCAUUGCCUACAUGUCCUCCAGGGUCUUCCUCGAAAACAAGUCCGAUGAGGGGAAGUUUAGCAUUGAGAAGGACGCUGCCAAAUCUGUCUGCACCCUGACAGUGAGCAAAGUAACUCUGCAAGACUCUGCUACCUACUACUGUGCUAGGUGGGAUGCACAGCAAGAGAAAGAAGAUGGACGAGCACAAGUGCUUCUGAAACAGAGUCCAAUAUCCAUUACCAAAGGGCUAAAUAAAACUGCAUGGAUUAAGUGUAAAGCCGAGGGCAUAUCUAACUUCCAGUCUGCAUAUAUACAUUGGUACCGACAUAUACCUUCCAAAGCUCCCGAACGGAUUCUGUUUAUUGGAGGAGGACAAGCUACUUAUGAUGACAGCUCCUAUAGGAAUAAGUAUUCUGCUUCGAAGACCAGAGAAAACAUCUGUGCUUUCUCAGUCAAUGACAUCGACUCCAAUGAUGAAGGUUUAACAUGCACAGGCAGCAUGUUGCUUCUUCCAGUCCUUCUUGCAACUUCGUUUUGGUCCUGUGGAGAUGGACAGGCAGUGCCAGUGCAAACCCCAAAGCUGCGGAGGCAGGUGAAGGGCAGCUCUGCCCGCAUGGAGUGCGUAGUGAGCACCAAUGCCAUCAUGCACUGGUACAAGCAUCUUUCCGGAGAGCCACCAAAAAGGAUACUGUACAUGUUGGGACAGUCACCUGUUUUUGAUGACAGUGGUGAUAGAAGAAGAUUUCAAGCUUGGAAACAUGCUACUGAGCCCCGUUAUGUCCUCACGAUAGACUAUUUAACCUCGAGGGAUUCUGGCACUUACUACUGUGCCUAUUGGGUUUAUCAAGGCACCACAGCAUUAGGCGGUGGAAUAUACCACUGUGUGUUCGAAAAGGUAUUUGGUUCUGGCACAAAACUCAUCGUCUCCAGCAAAGCAAGUUCUCAACCGGCACACUCUGAAAUCCUGCAGAAAAAACAUGAAAAUGAGACAACAUAUGUUUGCCUUAUUGAGAAAUUCUACCCAGAAGUUAUUCGGGUGACAUGGACCGAUGAAGCACAUAAGGAGGUAACAGACAACGUAGUACAAGGAGACCUUUGGAAGGCCACAGAAGAGGGUGAAUACUCAAUCAGCACCUGGUUAACUGUAUCAGCAGCAAACAAAGACAAGAACUAUCACUGCAAAUACGAGCAUGAAAGCAAUGAGCAUUCACUGCAAACACAAGAAUUUAACAAGCCGCCUUCUCAGGAAGAGGACUGCAGCACAUAUCCUGGGAACAGCACAGUUUUUAACAGAGAUCACUUAAUGCACAGGACAGCAUAUUUAGUGUACAUUGUCCUUCUUCUGAAGAGCUUCAUAUACUAUCUAAUCGUACUCUUCUUCAUCUACAGAAGGUGGGCUCCAACCAAGCAUGAAGGAAAGAAAGCAUAA